GAAAAAUGAAGAAAACUGGCAACAUAGCUGCACUAUAAAAUCACAAUUGUUGUUUUUCAAGUUUUACUAUCGAUGAGGUUAAUUCGUUGUGUUUUGGGUGAUCCCAUGGAUUAGGGUUAGGGUGAAGAGAAUCUGUAAGGGUAGAACGGUGUAAUAUGGCUUCCUUGGUUGCUGAUUACGGGACCUCUUCAGGAUCUGAAAGCGAGGAUGAUUGCAGUGAUAAUGUGUCUAGAGACGAAGGAGAUGACGACGAAGACAUUGUGAAUGAUUCCGAGAGGCCCAACAACUCCAGCACGAAACUUCCACUACCUACUCCAGAUUUCAAUGGUACCCCUGCCCUGAAGACAUCAGUCUUCAUAAAUCCAUUCGUCGAGGCUGAAAAAGCAAAGAGUGCGAUUUUAGAGAAGCAUGUCAAGAUGACACCGACACUAGAUGACACCAAGAUGAUCAACGGAAGAAAAAUAUGCUGGAACUACAGGAAAGGGAGAUGUCGAUUUGGACACAAUUGUACGUUUGCCCAUGACUCGGAUUUGCACAGAAGUGCUGGUGAAUUAGAGUCGAGUAGAGCACCCGAGGAGACCAUAAUCUGCCAGACGAAUUUCCACAAUCAGGGUGGCCAUGAGGAUGAUGACGAGAUCGACCAGGAGAACAAUUUGACCAAGAGAAAGAAGCGACCUGGACUGGCGCAGAACCUCGUACCUGGUAAGAAAGUCUUGAAGAUGUACAAAGCACAACAGGCCAAGGCUGUCGGUAGAUAGAUCCAGAUUUUCAACGUAUUUAGUAAUUAAUUGGGCUUCAAGGAGGAUUUACCGUUGAGAUUUUUAUUCCCUUUUAGCCAAUGAAAAAAUAUAGCUUUUUCGGAUUUUAUCAGUAUUUAAUGACUCCCAAAAGGUCAGAUCGUGUAAUAAUGAUAAAAUGCAAAAACGAUGUAUUUUUUGGAGUCGAUUCAAUUAAUCAGUUCUGAGAAAAUAAAAAAUUCGUCAUUUUGGUUAAAAGUAUUCUGAACAAAUAUGACUGUAACUCACGUGUGAGUUGACGUUUGUUACCUAAAAAAAGCCCAAAAAAAUGAAAAUACUGGCAAGAUUGGGAAAUCGACUUAUGCCCUGUGGGCCAUUGCUUCCAAAUAACUCCAAAUCACUGAUAAACAUAAAUAAUUCUAAGGUUUAAUAGGUGGAGCGACGUAACUAUUGUAAACGAAUAUUUGCACUUUUACCAAAUAUCGUAGAGUAGAUUUUGAGAUAUAAUGAUGUUUUUUCUGAAUUCUUAUUACUAAUCUUCCUAAUGAAUUCAAUGGGAGUAAAUACUAAGAGAAUUAUGGAUUCUGGUAUGGAGUGGUGGAGUAAUUGUAUAAUUAUUCGUUUGGUAAUUUCAUCGAACCUCUUGUGGAACACAAAAUUUCUUCCAAAUUUCUACCGUUUAUUUAUUUAUAUGUAUACAUUUUUUUCACAUUGUCUUCUAGAUCGAUUUGUUAUCGAAGUAAUUACCGAUUUUAUUUGAAUAUUUUACGACCUCAUUCCUGAUCCAAGAAAAAAUGAACGUUUCUGUACAAUUUUUUCAUCUCUACGAGAUCAUUUAAUACUUCCAUACUCUUGUAGAAUUUUACAAUGUUAUUAUUGAUUCAUCAAUAACUUAAUAUUAAUCGUAAUCAAACGCCCAGUUAUGUGAAAUAAAUGAUCCAGCAGAUAUAGGAAUUAUCCUAUUUAUUUCCUUCUUUUAUUCUCAUGAAUAUCACGUCGAUAUCUUCCGUAAUAGAACUGAGAAAAAAUUUUCUUAGAGUAGAUCAUCUGUUUUAUCCUCUCCGUGAACAAUUCAAAAUAAUUAAUAAACUGAGAAAAUCAAACAGGAAAUGAAGUUUUCCACAAGUAUUACUGGUAAAAAAAAUUAGUUGAUAAUAAAAAUUAAUGCGCGAACUUAUUGUUCGGACCGUUCCAUUUAUUGUGCGAAAAACUUUGAACGAUUUAAUUGUGAAACAAAUGAGCAAUCAAUAAAAUAUAUAUAACUAGUUAAAAUAUUUUUAUCUCAUGGUUUUUUUGUUCACAUCCAUAUUUUUAUCAAUUUGUCCUUUUAAUAAAAAUUUAGUGGGAGAAAUUAAUAGACGAAUGGCAGACGAAGGAUAUUUUAUUCUUAAAAUCUUAGGUACAACGUCGAAUAGA